AUGUCUGAAGUUGAAGAGUACAGCCAGCAAAAGCCUGCAAAGACGGGCAAGCAACAUAACAUAUUACCAAUAUGGGGUAAUGAACAAACUAUGAACCUGAACCCACUAAUAUUAGCAAAUAUACAGGGCUCUAGCUACUUCAAAGUACACCUGUUCAAGUUGAAGACAUACCAUGAGGUAGUGGAUGAGAUCUACUACCAGGUGAAGCACCUGGAGCCAUGGGAGAGAGGGAGCCGCAAGACUGCCGGCCAGACGGGCAUGUGUGGCGGCGUUCGUGGUGUGGGUGCCGGUGGCAUAGUGUCCACAGCAUUCUGUCUUCUGUACAAACUGUAUACUCUACGGCUCACUCGUAAGCAGGUCAAUGGCCUGUUGCAGCAUUCUGACUCCCCCUACAUCAGAGCACUUGGAUUCAUGUACAUUCGCUACACACAACCACCAGCAGAUCUCUUUGACUGGUAUGCAGACUACUUAGAUGACGAAGAGGAAAUAGACCCUCGUGCUGGAGGUGGAGGCUCCACAACCAUCGGUGCCUUGGUGAGACAGAUGCUCAUCAAACUGGACUGGUUCAGCACAUUAUUCCCCAGAAUACCAGUACCCAUACAGAAGCAGAUUGAACAGAAGUUAGCAGAGCACAACAGGCAGACAUCAGCCACGAAGCCAGCAGCCAACUAUCGCGGUGGAGGUGGUAACAGCAGCAAUGGUGGAAAUAGUGCGGGCAGCGGGGGCGGGACUGGUGCCUACAACCCUAGCAGGAUGGACUCCGACCGAAGAGAGCACGACGAUCGAGAUAGACGAGAUUAUGGCGAGAGCGACAGGUAUUCAAAAGACAGAAUGAGACGCGACGACCGCGACAAUCGAGACCGUGAUCGCGAACGUGAUAGAGAGCGCGAUCGCGGCGACCGCGAUAGAGAUCGUGAUCGGGAACGUGAACGAGAUCGCAGGGAUCGGGACCGUCGCGACCGCCACCGUGAUAGAUCGCGGUCACGUGACCGACAGCGUCAUCGAUCGCGGUCUAGAGAUCGCCGCUUUAGAUAA